CAAGGCAGCCGUGCACCCACGGCACCCCUCGGCCAUGCGUCAACGAAAUCUAGCACGCGGGGGAUGCGAUCGAAUUGCGCAAACAUAAGCGAAUCGCCGCAACCGACUUUGAUGCCCCGCCCACUUUCCCCGUGUAGCUUAAGUGUCGAGUCGGAUUUGCGCAUGGCACGAAAAAUUGAUCUGUCAUGAGUAAGGGUGGUUGAGAACCCUUAUUGCUCAGUUACAUAUGUGCCAUGACGUGCACCCGGUUUUUAAAUCGAUCGCUACGAAAACACAGCAGUGAAAAUCGCUGAAAAAUCUGUUUGAUUCACUCGGAAAAGACGGUUUUAAGUUUUAGGUUAUUUAAGUACAUGCAGCCCGGUGAAUGUCACGCAGUGUUUUGUUUUUCAAGUGACAGCAAAAACUAAGCUCAUAGCAAUGGAAGCAUUGAGAUCGUCGGUGAAAAAACGGACGACAAAUUUUCGCGAAGACGAGACCAAGUUGUUGAUACAACUUUGGGGUAGCUCCACCAUACAGAACAAGCUGUACCUAACGCACCGCAAGGCCCCUGUUAUGAGGCUACUGGCCGCCAAUAUGCAGCAGAGGGGAUUCUAUCGAACCCCGGACGAGAUUAAAACUAGGAUAAGAAAUUUGAAAUGCUUGUACCACAGGAUAAAAAGGAGUAUGCAGAGUGGGACUGGGCUGGGGACUAUAGACCCCGACUGGCCGCAUUUUAAGGCUAUGGACGAUAUUUUGACCAAGCAAAGUUUUCUUAAGAAGGAUAUUUACAGCGAGAAUGUUUUCGAGGGGCCCCGAUGCGACGAUAUCAAACAAGAAAUCGAUGAUAUCGAUAUUAACGACGAUAUGGAAUCGUAUACAACUAAUAGUUUUGGAGAAUCAGACUAUGAAGACGAAGCCUCCCAAAUGCCGCCCCUCACCCCCGCCCCCGUCGAGUCGAAACCGCCGCCGGAAGAGCCGAAAAUCACCCUGAAGGUGAUAAAAGAAGCGAAAGAAAUGGCCGGCAAAGAACCGUCAAAAUGCCAGCAACAGACCGUCAAACAGUUGCCGGCGCUACUGCCCAACUUGACCACGCUGCCGGGGGGGAUACGGACCGGCGCCGGGGGCACGAGCCUGCCCUUCCCCCUUUUGAUACUCAACGGGUUGCCUAACCAGCAGAAUUUGGGGCAGGAGAAGAAAGACGGCACCCCCCACCAUCAAUUUUGCGCAAAAAUCCGUCCCGAUGCAGAUGCAGAACGUUGGCAAUAUGUUGGAGGUUGGAGUAACUUUAAAAGAACUCCUAAAUGUACAAAAAGAAUCAUUAGCUAUAGAAAAAGAACGGCUAGAACUGGAAAAACAAAAAUUGGACUUCGAGAGACUCAUUGGCACGCAACUUCUGGGCUUAAUCCCGAUGCUGAGCGGUAUCCUCCAGAACGUCACCAAAAAAGAAGACCCCAAGAACGGAAAAAAACGCGCAGCCCCAGAAAUCGGUUUCGAUUAUUUCAAACAGAACAAGUUCCUCAAAACAGUGAUUGAAGAGGGGUUGAAAAAAUACUCGGCAGAAAAAAAUACUCCAGACGAGGAGUCCGACGUGGACUCAGAAGACGAUAAAUACGACGAAAAUAGCCUCGACAGUGAAACAAAGUAACUUUUUAAUGCUCUUUUUUUGAGAUUUUUUAGUAUUAACCUAUUCUGAGUGAUACCAGUGUGAUUUUAUGUAACAUUCCAUUAGAAUGAUCUCUUUAUUUAUUUUAGACAUAGGUAAUUUAUUUUUGUUUUGUUUUUUUUUAUAUAAUAAAA